GGAUCUGAGGCUGCAGAGAGCUGGUAUGGGUGUGUGUGUGUGUGUGUGUCAGUCAGCUGCGAUCAGCUGCAGGAUGAAUUCACAGCGAGUUUAACUCCUGGGUUCCUUCUAAAAGUGAGUCCCCCGGGUCUGACCUGACCUGGUCCGGGUUCUGGUGCCUCUCUGACCUGGUCCGGGUUGUCCUCAGUCCCGUUUCUGUGAGUCCAGGUGCGUAAGAGCUGCACAAACCAGAAAAGGAAAAGUUGUUGAAAAGAACGAGAGCAGACUGAGCCUGUAAAAUGUCUCUGACUGUAGCCGAUCUGACCAGAGGAGCCAUGACCGAGUUCCAGGAGAAACUCCGUCAGCAGCACGAGGACUCGAUGCAUCGGGAUCUGGAGGCGCUGCUCAACACGGCCAACAAGGUCGAAGCAGAGAUCUCCAGAAAAGACUUCGAUGGCUUCAAGAAGCUCUUCCACAGAUUCCUGCAGGUCAAAGGUCCCUCGGUGGACUGGGCCAAGAUCAACCGUCCUCCAGAGGACUCAAUCCAGCCCUAUGAGAAGAUCAAGGCCAAAGGACUCCCCGACAACAUCACUGCCAACCUCAACAAACUGGCUGUGGUCAAACUCAACGGGGGUCUGGGGACCAGCAUGGGCUGCAAGGGCCCAAAGAGUCUGAUCAGCGUCCGCAAUGAGAACACUUUCCUGGACUUGACUGUGCAGCAGAUCGAGCAUCUGAACAAAACCUUUAACGCUGACGUGCCGCUGGUUCUCAUGAACUCCUUCAACACUGACGAAGACACAAAGAAGAUCCUGCAGAAAUACAAACACCACAGGGUCAACAUCCACACCUUCAACCAGAGCAGGUAUCCGAGGAUCAACAAGGAGUCUCUGCUGCCCAUCGCUAAGAACAUGGGGACCGGCGGUGAGAAUGCAGAGGCCUGGUACCCGCCGGGUCACGGCGACAUCUACGCCAGCUUCUCCAACUCCGGGCUGCUGGACAAACUCAUCGCUGAAGGGAAGGAGUACAUCUUCGUGUCGAACAUCGACAACCUGGGAGCUACCGUGGACCUCUUCAUCCUCCACCACCUGAUGAGCCAGCCGGCCGACAAGCGCUGCGAGUUCAUCAUGGAGGUCACCGACAAGACCAGAGCUGACGUCAAGGGUGGGACUCUGAUCCAGUACGAGGACCAUCUGAGGCUGCUGGAGAUCGCCCAGGUACCGAAGGCCCACGUGGACGAGUUCAAGUCCGUCACCAAGUUCAAGAUCUUCAACACCAACAACCUGUGGAUCUCACUGCCCGCCAUCAAGAGGCUGUACGAGAAGAACGCCAUGGACCUGGAGAUCAUCGUCAACCCUAAGACGCUGGACGGAGGUCUGAACGUCAUCCAGCUGGAGACGGCUGUGGGCGCCGCCAUCAAGAGCUUCAACAACGCCUUGGGCAUCAACGUCCCCCGCAGCCGCUUCCUGCCCGUCAAGACGUCCUCGGACCUGCUGCUGGUGAUGUCCAACCUGUACAGUCUGGACGCCGGCUCGCUCACCAUGAGCAAGAAGAGGGAGUUCCCCACCACGCCGCACGUGAAGCUGGGCAGCUCCUUCACCAAGGUUCAGGAGUUUCUGGCCAGGUUUGAAAGCAUCCCGGACAUGUUGGAGCUGGAUCACCUGACUGUGUCCGGGGACGUCACCUUCGGGAAGAACGUCUCUCUGAAGGGAACCGUCAUCAUCAUCGCCAACCACGGCGACCGCAUCGAUAUUCCUGCCGGCGCCAUGCUGGAGAACAAGAUCGUCUCAGGAAACCUGCGCAUCCUCGACCACUGAGGCCUUCUGGGAAAAAAACCAAACCAAAACCAGCCACGCCCCCCCUGAAGAGACGUGGUGCUGAGCCACGGGGACGCUCCACCAGAGACAUUUCAGCGUCUGAGGGUCGAAGGUCCAGCUCCAUCCUGAUGCACUGUGACCCCUCAUGUCAAUAAAAACUGUAUCUGGGUCA